UCCCUCCCUCCCACCUUCUCUCUCUGUGCUGCUUUUUGCGCCUUCGUUUCGCCCCCGGUGGCUGCAAACUGAUCCAUCAGAGGAAGGCAGGGAGGGGAUUAAGGAUAAUAAUAAUCAUACAGAAAGAACACAAGGAAGGAGGACUGGAGAAGGAUAGGUAAAAGAAGGGGGGAGAGAGAGAGAAGGAAUAACACCCGGAUUUUCUUUUUUCAUCUAUCCCCCGCACCUCUUCCCUUUUGCAUCUCUGCCUUUUAAUGCCUGGGAUCCGGGGCGAGGAGAGGGAUUCUCUGUCUGAGCAUGAAAAGGACUGCUAAAGCCCCAGUCUUCCUACGCCUGCAGCAUCAGCGGAGAAUCGCCCACUAUGCGCUCUGGAUCCAGAAGGGCUCGCACCACAAGUUCCUGCCGAGCCGAAUGAGAGACCAGAUCUCCGCCAGAGAGGGGCACUAACAUCCGGACUCCACAGAAUGGAGCAAGAAUGAGAAGAAAAAGGCAGACAGAAAAGCAUGAACUGGAGGCUUGCUGAGUUCCUCUACUUCCUCUUUAUAUGGGACCAUAUAACAGUACAGCCCUCCCACCAGCAACCCGCUGCGACCAACCAACAUGUCUCCAAGGAAUUUGAUUGGCUUAUUUCAGACAGGGGGCCCUUCCACCACUCACGGAGCUACUUAUCCUUUGUGGAAAGACAUCGUCAGGGAUUUACAACCCGGUAUAAAAUAUACAGGGAAUUUGCCCGUUGGAAGGUGAGGAACACAGCCAUCGAGCGGAGAGAUCUGCUCCGCAAUCCCGUCCCCCUGAUGCCUGAGUUCCAGAGGAGCAUCCGCCUGCUGGGCAGGAGGCCUACGACACAGCAGUUCAUUGAUACCAUCAUCAAAAAGUACGGCACACACAUACUCAUCUCUGCUACUUUGGGAGGAGAGGAGGCUUUGACCAUGUACAUGGAUAAAAGCCGACUCGAUCGAAAGUCGGGCAAUGCCUCCCAAAGUGUCGAGUCUCUUCACCAGCUCGCCUCCUCCUAUUUCUUGGACCGGGAUGGAACUAUGAGGCGCCUUCAUGAGAUCCAGAUCUCUACCGGAGCAAUCAAGGUAACCGAAACACGGACAGGCCCAUUGGGCUGUAACAGUUACGACAAUCUGGACUCUGUGAGUUCUGUCCUUCUGCAAAGCGCUGAGAGCAAACUCCACUUACAAGGCCUCCAGCUAAUCUUUCCUCAGUAUUUACAAGAGAAAUUUGUGCAGUCAGCAUUGAGCUACAUAAUGUGCAAUGGAGAGGGAGAAUAUAUAUGCCGAGACAGCCAGUGUGGAUGUCAGUGUGCAGAAGAAUUUCCACAGUGCAACUGUCCCAUCACCGACAUUCAGAUCAUGGAAUACACAUUGGCCAACAUGGCAAAAUCUUGGACAGAAGCCUACAAAGACCUGGAGAAUUCAGACGAAUUUAAAUCUUUCAUGAAGAGGCUACCUAACAACCAUUUCCUGACCAUUGGAAGUAUCCACCAGCACUGGGGGAAUGACUGGGACCUUCAGAACCAGUACAAACUCCUGCAGAGCUCCAUGGAGGCCCAACGCCAGAAGAUCCAGCGCACUGCCCGCAAGCUUUUCGGCCUCAGUAUCCGUUGCCGGCACAAUCCUAACCACCAGCUGCCGCGAGAAAGGACAAUACAGCAAUGGCUGUCCCGGGUUCAGUCCCUGCUCUACUGCAAUGAGAACGGGUUCUGGGGAACCUUCCUGGAAAGUCAGAGGAGCUGUGUCUGCCAUGGAAGCACCAGCCUGUGCCAGCGACCAAUCCCGUGCAUCAUUGGAGGCAACAACAGCUGUGCCAUGUGCAGCCUGGCCAACAUAUCCCUCUGUGGCUCAUGCAACAAGGGCUACCGUCUCUCACGGGGUCGCUGUGAGCCUCAGAAUGUGGACUCAGAACGCAGUGAGCAGUUCAUCAGCUUUGAGACGGACUUGGACUUCCAGGACUUGGAGCUGAAGUACCUCCUGCAGAAGAUGGAUUCUCGCCUGUAUGUGCACACCACCUUCAUCAGCAAUGAGAUCCGCCUGGACACCUUCUUUGACCCGAGGUGGCGCAAGCGCAUGUCCCUCACCUUGAAGAGCAACAAGAACAGGAUGGACUUCAUUCACAUGGUGAUUGGGAUCUCCAUGCGCAUCUGCCAAAUGCGCAACAGCAGCCUGGACCCCAUGUUCUUUGUCUACGUUAACCCAUUUAGUGGAAGCCAUUCCGAAGGCUGGAACAUGCCCUUUGGAGAAUUUGGCUACCCACGCUGGGAGAAAAUCCGCUUGCAAAACAGCCAGUGCUAUAACUGGACCCUGCUGCUUGGGAACAGGUGGAAAACCUUUUUUGAGACUGUCCACAUCUACCUACGCAGCCGGACUCGGCUGCCCUCCCUGAUGCGCAAUGAGACUGGCCAAGGGCCUGUGGACCUCUCUGAUCCCAACAAGCGUCAGUUCUACAUCAAGAUCUCAGACAUUCAGGUGUUUGGAUACAGCUUGCGCUUCAAUGCUGACCUCUUGCGCAGUGCAGUGCAACAGGUCAACCAGUCUUACACACAAGGCGGGCAGUUCUACUCCUCCUCCUCCGUCAUGCUCUUGCUUUUGGAUAUACGGGACCGAAUCAACAGGCUGGCACCUCCUGUAGCUCCAGGGAAGCCCCAGCUGGAUCUGUUCUCCUGUAUGCUCAAGCACCGCCUGAAACUGACCAACAGUGAGAUCAUCCGUGUGAAUCACGCACUGGAUCUGUACAACACCGAAAUCCUCAAGCAAUCUGACCAGAUGACUGCCAAACUCUGCUAACCAAGACUUUAUGUACUUAGGUACUACCAGACUCACCUUUUUGCUGUAAAAAAAAACAAACACAAAACCCCCAACCCAACAUUAAAAAAGAAGUUAAAAGAAAGAGAUUUAAACAAAUAAAAAAAAUGUAAAAUGUAAUUAAUAUACGAGAGAGAGAGAGAGAGACAGAGAGUGAUGGAAAGGUCUUUGUUUAUUGGAAUACUGAAAGAAAACCAUUCAAGCAAAUAUGUAAAACUGCCGGGCAUGUUUAGUUAUUCCUGUAAUCAUUAAAAAGGGUCAGAACGUGAAAAUCUGCUGAGGUGUUGCUCGGUGGGAUUGGGAGUCAACAAUAUGGGAAGGGGGAGGGAAUUACAGAACAUGCAGAAACGGCUUUUUUCAGAUUCCCUGUACUUAAUUGUAAAGAUUUCAGCUAUGCAGGUGCCAAAAAGAAAGAAAACCAGAGUGAGAAAGAGAGAAUUCUGUGUACAUGUACCAAGAGUUGCCAUUUCUCCUAAUGGGAGCUAAUGGUCAAAGAUAAAAGAAAUUUCUUUUGUGAAGUGUUA